AAAAGAUGUAAGCUGAAAGAUGGCGGAGCUACAGAUGCUCUUGGAGGAAGAGAUUCCUGCGGGGCGGAGAGCGCUGCUGGACAGUUUCACUAACCUUGACAGAGUCGCUGAAUACUGCGAGAGUAACUACGUUCAGUCUAUGCAGGAGUUGGCCGUUGGGUUUUGAACACGCUGCCUAACUAGGGAAGAAGUGCACGAAUUGGGACUCAGCCCAACCGCUCAUCUCGCCCGCUGAAGUGGAGUGUGUAACUACUUUAGUCCCCAGAUAAGCACAGAGCACUAGAGGAAACCAAAAACUACACUACUCAGUCCCUGGCCAGUGUUGCCUAUCUGAUCAACACACUAGCUAACAAUGUGCUGCAAAUGCUGGAUAUCCAGGCGUCGCAGCUACGCCGCAUGGAGUCCUCAAUCAACCACAUCUCACAGACAGUGGAUAUACACAAAGAGAAAGUGGCAAGACGGGAGAUUGGCAUCCUGACAACCAAUAAGAACACUUCCCGCACUCACAAAAUUAUUGCUCCAGCCAAUCCUGAGCGGCCAGUGCGUUACAUUCGGAAACCUAUUGACUACAACAUGCUGGAUGACAUUGGCCAUGGAGUGAAGUGGUUGCUUAGGUUCAAGGUAAGCACCCAGAAUAUGAAGAUGGGAGGUCUUCCUCGGACCACCCCACCCACACAGAAACCUCCAAGCCCCCCAAUGUCCGGAAAAGGAACUAUAGGGAGGCAUUCCCCCUAUAGGACACUGGAGCCAGUGCGUCCCCCUGUGGUUCCUAAUGACUAUGUCCCCAGCCCAACGCGCAACAUGGCGCCUGCACAGCAGCAGAGCCCUGUGCGCACAGCAUCAGUUAACCAGAGGAAUCGCACGUACAGCGGGAGCAGUGGAGGAAGCCAUCCCAGCAGCCGCAGCAGCAGUCGAGAAAACAGCGGGAGUGGCAGUGUGGGUGUGCCCAUCGCUGUACCAACGCCUUCUCCACCUAGUGCAUUCCCAGCCUCCACAGCUGGUUCUACCAGCAGCCCUCCUGCCCCACCUAACUCCUCCCAACCUCCUGUCACAUGCUGUAAUUCUGCCCCCACCCAGUCCUUACCCAACUCCACUGCACCCCCUGAUCCCUCUCUCACUCUUGCCUCCACCUCUGAGGAAACGCUGGCUUCAGCUGAUUCCCCUCCCACCUCACAACCCCCCAAUCCCGCUGCAGCUGCUGCAACCUCCUCUACCACCACCCCUGCACCAGGCUUUACACCCCAGUUCUACAGCAUGAAUAGGCCUGUGCCCAGACAGAUCACGCCCACUGUCGGAGGCUCGCUGCCCUACCGCCGACCACCUUCUGUCACUGGGCAGCCAGCCAUGCCUGCCAGCCAACAGAAUGGAGGACCCUACUACAACCAGGGCCAAGCAGCCUCAGUGGCGCCCCCUCCCCCCUCCAUCCUGCAGAUCACUCCCCAGCUACCUCUGACGGGCUUCGUGGCUCGAGUUCAGGAGACCAUUUCAGAUGCUCCUCCCCCACCUCCCCCCACAGAGGAGAGUGUGUUUGAGGAGGUGCAGCCCCCUCCACCUCCAGAAGACUAUGAAGAAGAAGAGUCGGCCGUGGUGGAGUACAGCGACCCUUAUGCUGAAGAGGAUCCGCCUUGGGCACCACGUACUUAUCUGGAGAAAGUGGUGGCGAUCUACGACUACACACAAGACAAAGAGGAUGAACUGACAUUUCAAGAGGGAGCCAUCAUCUACGUUAUCAAGAAGAAUGAUGACGGCUGGUACGAGGGCGUGAUGAGCGGCACGACGGGACUCUUCCCUGGAAACUAUGUGGAGUCUAUCAUGCACUACACAGAGUGAGGCAUGAGCCUUACUCUACCAGGCGCUCUGCUAGCAUGCAUGGGUCCUCACACAGAUAUCCGUGAUAUCAGACGGGAACGGUGGAACAGGAGCGAUCUCAGUUUGUGAGAAGUGAGGGAAGGAUGAACUUCAGAGUUCGGGAAAUUGAACGUCGACACUUUAUGGACUGUGACAGCUUUUCACCACAGAUUGAUACAUAAGGAAGAAAAACACUAAGAGUUCAGCAAGGUUUAUUAACAAUAAAUCAGUUUGAUUAUUUUGUUAUGGUGCAUGAAGGAUUCUGAGCACAACCACUACUUUUUGUUUUACUAAAAUAUUAAAAAAAUAUAUGUAGUUUUGUGGUUGAGGAUGAGAAGAUGUCUUUUACUUAAGAUGAGGUGCUCACUGUGGUGAAUCUUCCUUUUUAUUUUGACAUAACUUUAUUUAAUUUUUUUACUUUGAUCGUCAUCAGCAUAGCAGAGUUUUUGGGCAUUGUACUGGGGUUGGCCGGUUGACUGACAUUCUUUGAAACAGGAGAAGGGCUAUAGGUUUCUAGAGAAGGCAGCUGAGAAAGGAGAACACUACAUGCACAUGUCAAAGGACAAGGGAGGUCAAAUUGUAAUACAUAUUGUUGCAGUCACAUAAAAAUCUUUAAAUGUAAUUUGUAAAUUUAUAUAAUUGGAAAAAAAACUGUUAAGAAAUGGAAAAAUAGAAAUACUCAAAUUAGUAAAACCAUUCUACACUGGUUUUGUCUUUCUCCUGUCAGGCUUCUAUUUUUUGUGACACAAACAAUAAAUACGAUCCAUGUUUAUGUAUUUGUAAUUAUAUUGUGUCUAAUCGUAAUCUCCAGUGACCCUGUAUUUAACAGUUAUCCAACUAAAAUAUGGCAUGGAAUAACAGUUGAGCUGGCCAUUAAAGUAUUGAGGCUUAUAAUCUUGGUUUAGUGUGUUCAGUAUGUUAAUACUCUUCAGAAAGCAUCAAGGAGGUCAGCUUUCCUUUUUUUCAUAAAGAAAUAUUGACGUUUUGCUGUAACAGCCUUGUUAGAAAAGGCCUAUAGAUCCUGUGGAUUAAUGAAUAAGCAGGAAAAGAAGGAUUGAAGGAAUGAAUGAAUAUUUAUUGUGGCUGUUGAAUAAAUGCAGUCUAGACAUCUCUAAUAUACUUUAAACAGACAUUUCAAAUAACACUAAACUUUUUGAGCAGUGAUUUGGUCAUGCCAUAUAAUGGAUAUGAGCGUGCCUACACUGUGUAAAUCUGGUAUAUUUGAUGUAGCCGGAUAACAUGGCUCUUGUAACACUGUCAGCAGUUGGUCAGCCCCUGAACAUGCAGUACUAAACAGUGUCCAUUAAUUUUGCCUGACGUAUUAUUAUUAUUUUUUUUUAAUGAUCUAUAUAUUGUGUAGUGAUUCUAACCAACUGGCCAACUUGUUUUUUAUUUUUUUGAUAUGUUGUGUAGUGCUACAAAAGUUGCAUGCUUAAUAAAACUCAAACUUCAUGUCAUUUUAA